AUGGAUGGCCUGAAGGAAGCAGAGCUGUGCUACCCUAACCUCCCGAACUCCUCCUGCAGGGGUCUAAUGCGUCCUCACUCUCAGACGGUCCUCCUCUACACGCUGCUCUCCUCCAUCUCUGUGCUCACUGUGGCUCUGAACCUGCUGGUUAUCAUCUCAAUCUCCCACUUCAGGCAGCUCCACACGCCCACCAAUCUGCUCCUGCUCUCCUUGGCCAUCUCAGACCUCCUCGUCGGGCUGCUGGUGAUGCCGGUGGAAACGGUGCGAUUCAUAAAAACCUGCUGGUUGCUGGGCGACCUCAUGUGUGCCCUCUCUUACAUUAUCGGUUUCAGUCUCACCUCAGCCUCUGUUGGGAACAUGGUGCUCAUAUCAAUCGAUCGCUUUGUCGCCAUUUGUUAUCCUCUGCAUUACCCCACCAAAAUCACUCGCGGCGUGAUUGAGCUGUCUGUGUGUCUGUGCUGGGCCGGCUCGAUUCUCUACAACGGGCUCAUCUUGAAGGACCAUCUCAGGCAGCCAGACGUACAUAACUCCUGCUACGGGGAGUGCAUGGUGGUGAUUGACUAUGUCUCUGGCACGGUGGACCUUGUGUUCACGUUUAUUGGCCCCUGCUCGGUCAUCCUCAUUCUGUACAUAGUGUUUACGGUGGCUGUGUCUCAGGCGCGCGCCAUGCAGUCUCAUAUUAUGGGGGUCGGUGCAUUAGUCACUGCAAAGAAAUCGGAGAGAAAAGCAGCCAGGACUCUGGGUAUUGUCAUAAUGGUGUUUUUGAUGACUUUCUGUCCGUACUAUUACCCCUCUCUUGCAGGACAGGACAUCUCAAACGAUGCUUCAUCUUGGGCCGUUGUGUCCUGGUUGUUGUUUUUUAACUCUUGUUUGAACCCACUCAUUUAUGCUAUUUUCUAUCCGUGGUUUAGAAAAGCUAUCAAGUCAAUUGUUACCCUGAAGAUACUUGAGCAGAACUCCUCUGAGGCAAAUAUAAUUUGA